AUGACGCAGCCUUCGCAAGGCCUCCGGGAUCUGUUCUAUCGCCACUCGGAGCAGCAGCCUGGCGGUGGCGGCGGCGGCGGCGGCAGCGUGCAGCAGACGCAGCCGCCUGCUGCGCCGCCCUGGUACCAGCAGCACCCACAGCCGGCUGCCGGAGUGUUUUGCCAGCACCCGCCGCCGCCGCAGCAGCAGCAGAAGCAGCAAAGAUAUCAGCAGCAACACAAUGCUGAGCCGCGCAAGCUGCAGCACCCUGGUCCCCCUGCAUUUCACCAGCCGGUGCCACCGCAGCCCGUGGAGCAGGUUGUCGCGGGCGUGGUGGCGGCAGCAGCGGCCGGCGCUGCUGCCUCGGGAGCGGGAGGCCCAUGGCAGCAGCAUGCCGCUCAGCAGCAGCAACAGCAGCACGAGCAGCAGCAUGCUCCUGGUCAGCUUCCCACCCCCACAGGGCGGCAGCUCAAGCAGCAGCUCCUGGAGCCGCCACGGUCUUCGCAGCAGCAGCCUGACUGGCUGCGGGCCCACCAGCCGCAGCAGCCACCCGCACAGGCCAUGGACUGGGAGCCACAGCAGCUGCCGCCAGGGCCAGCCCCAAGCCAUCACCAGCUGCCUGCCCACCAGCCCAACCAGGCGCAGCAGAACGGCCCGCCGCUGUUCUCACACCACCACCCUCCCGCAGCGGGUCCCGCGGUGCCGCCGGCUGUGGGCCAGGCGUGGGCGCGCCCCAAGCAGCCGCUGCGCCUGAAGCUGGAGGAGUGGGCCCUGCCGCCUGGCGUGGUGCAGGCGUUUGAGGCCCGGGGCGUGCGCAGCAUGUACCCUUGGCAGGCGGCGGCGCUGGAGUGCGGCGAGGCCUACAACAAUCUGGUGUACUGCGCGCCCACCAGCGGCGGCAAGAGCCUGGUGGCGGAGGUGCUGAUGGUGCGCCGCCUGCUGGCCAGCGUGCGGCACAUCCCGCAGCCCCGCCGCAGCAAGCCGAAGUAUGGGCGUGCGCUGGUGGUGCUGCCCUACGUGUCCAUCGUGUGUGAGAAGAGCGAGCACCUGCAGGCGGUGCUGCGCCCCAUGCACGCCGCCGUCAAGGGCUUCUACGGCGGCGAGGAGGGUCAGGCGUUGGGGCCCAGGGGCGAGACGGUGGCUGUGUGCACCAUCGAAAAGGCAAAUGUGGCCAUCAACAAGCUGGCGCAGGAGGGGCGCCUGGGCGAGCUGUGCUGCGUGGUGGUGGAUGAGCUGCACAUGGUGUCCGAUGGGGACCGGGGCGUCGGGCUGGAGAUGAGCCUGAGCAAGCUGCUGUUCUCGCCGCACUCACGCCACGUCCAGAUCAUCGGCAUGAGCGCCACCAUGGGCGGCCUGGAGUCGCUGCGCGCCUGGCUGCGCGCCGAGCUCUUCCUCACCAACUUCCGCCCCGUGCCGCUAACCGAGCACGCCGUGUUCCGGGGCAAGGUGUACCAGAAGGAGCUGGAGGCACUGGAGGAGGGCCACCCGCCGCUGCAGGAGCUGCGGGAGGUGGCCCCCUCGGACAGCAGGCGCGACGCCGACCGGUUGGUGCCGUUGGUGGCGGAGGCCACGGCAGAGGGCCACUCGGUGCUGGUGUUCUGCAGCUCGCGCAGGCAGUGCGAGUCGGCGGCGGCGCUGAUCGCCGACCUGCUGCCCCAGGUUGCGCCGCCGCCGGCGGAGCGGCAGGCGGAGCUGGGGGAGCAGCGGGCGGGGAUCGUGGCAGACAUCAAGAUUGCCAUGGGCGGCGCCAUGGGGGCGGAGCUAGAGAAGUGCAUGUUGCGAGGCAUCGCCUGGCACCACGCGGGCCUAACUUCAGAGGAGCGGGCGGGCGUGGAGCGGGCCUACCGGUGCAGCGCCGUGUCUGUCAUUACUGCCACAUCCACGCUGGCGGCGGGCGUCAACCUGCCGGCGCGCCGCGUCAUCCUGCGCAGCCUGCACCAGGCCAGUCUGGGCAUUGGCCCUGUGUCCCGCUCGCAGUACCUGCAGAUGGUGGGGCGGGCCGGGCGGGCCGGGCACUCGGCGGUGGGCGAGUCCUUCCUGAUUGGCAAGGGCGCCGCCAACAGCCAGGAGUGGCACCAGGUCUGCGCCCUGCUCACCGCCCCCGUCCCCAGCCUCCAGAGCCGGGUGUUGUCAGCGGAGGCCGCCAGCACCAUCACGUCCAAGGGCGCCGCCGCUUUGGGCGACAAGGACACGCAGCACCUGCAGCAGCUGCUGCUGGAGGGCAUUGCCAACGGUACCGUGCGGGACGGCGGCGACGUGGGCCGCCUGGGACUGGCUGUGAUGCGGCCCGCUUCCAAGGUCGCCCUGCGAGCGCUCCUGGACGGCAAGCGCCUGGAGGGGCAGCACCUGGAGCUUACGCACAAGGGGCGGGCGGUGUACGACAGCGCGCUGCCGCUGGACGACGCCAUGCAGCUGUACGAGAGCUGUACCGCAGCCGACAACGGCUUCAUGCUGGAUCGCCCUCUGGUGCUGGUCUACCACUGCCUGCUGGGCCACCCCUUCCAGAUCAUCAGCUGGGCGGAGUGGGGGCGCCUGCUGCAGGGCCUGGACAAGCACGAGCAGCAGAUUGCAGAGUCGGUCGGCGUGCUGCCCAUGCACGCCCACGCCGCGCAAAGCGGGCGCGCCCCGAGCGCUGAAGUGCACGCGCGCCACGCCCGCAUGGCGGCUGCCCUGGCACUCAGCGAGCUGACCCAAGAGAAGGACAUCCAUGCGGUGGUGCUGAAGUGGGGACGGGAGGGCUUUGUGUCCCGAGGCCUGUCGCGCGGCCAGAUCCAGAAGCUGCAGCAGGAUGCGGGCAAGUGGAUGGGCAUGGCGGCGCUGCUGUGCGAGAGCGCGGGGUGGUGGCCGCUGGCCACCCUCUACUCCAACCUCUCGCAGAUGGCGGCGGCGGGCGUGCGCCAGGACCUGCUGCCGCUCAUGCGCAUCCCAGACAUGGAUGCAGCCAAGGCCAGGGCGCUGUUCAAGGCGGGCCUGCGGGAUGCGCAGAUGCUGGCCACAGCGGAUGAGCAGGCAGUGGCCAGGGCGCUGGCACCCGCCAUCGCGCAGCAGAUGCGCAGCCGCUCCUCUGGCGGCAAGCAGCAGCAGCAGCAGCGCGGCUCGGGGGCGGCCGCGCUGGCGGCGACGGCCGGCUAUGCUGCGGCCGGCAUGGCGGCGCGGGCCGCUGGAACUGUGGUGCAGUGCGCCAGGGACCACCUGCGGCAGCAGAUGCAGGACCUGGCGGCGCUGGCGGCCGACAUUCAGGAGGAUGAGGUGGCGGCGGCCGCGGCAGGCACGUCAGCAAUGCAACAGUCCGGCCAGCAGCACUUGGAGCUGCCUGCCCUCCAUGCAGCCGCAGCAGCUGCUGGGCAGACAGGUCCCCAGCAGCAGGCAAGGCAGCCUGCGGCGAUUGCCGCCGGCCAGGAUGAGCUAUCGCCUGAUGAGCUGGCACACAUCAGGCGCCAGGUGGCGCAGGUUGCGGGGCCCGGGGGCGCGCUGCCGGGCUCUCCCGACGAGCGGCAGGCGGCAGAGGUCAGCAUCGCUCCUGCCGCGAAGCGGGUGUGGACGCAAGGGGUCGUCAGGGUGACGGAGCUGCGGCCGCGCUCGCCGGCGGCCCAGCUGGCCGAUUUCUUUGCCAGCUGGGCAGCUCAGCCCCACUGCUCUCUGGCCCUCCACACCCUGACAGACGAGGAGCUGGCGGCGGCGGCGGCGGCAGCAGCGGCAGGCGGUGCCGGCGGCAAGCAGCGGCCGGAGAGCGCCGGCGCCGGGGCAGGGCGGCUGCAGGGCCUGGCGCUGCGCCUAGAAGAGGGCGGCGGCGGCGGCGGUGGCGGCGGCGGUGCUGCCGCAACUGUGCUGGAUGCUGUGCGUGAUGUGCUGGCGCGGCGCUCUUGCAGGCUGGUCUGCUACGGCGCUCUGGAGGCGCUGCCAGAGCUGCUGCGGCAGGGCGUGGCGCUGGGCGGCCGGCUGGAGGACCUGCGCGUGGCGGCGGCGCUGCUGUGGCCCGACGCCGCCGCUGGCGAGCCUGAAAAGCUGGACCUGCGGCGCCUGCAGGCGGUGGCGGCCCCCGGCUUCAAGGCCCGCGUGCCCAACCUGUGCCGCGGCGGGGUGACCCGCACGUGCCGCGCCGCGGUGCUGGCGCUGGUGUGCAUGGACGGCCUGAGGCAGCUGCUGGCGGCACGACGCAUGCUGGAGACCUUUCUCAACCUGGAGUGCCCCGCUGUCCAGGUGCUCCUGCACAUCAACGCCUCGCAGGCGGCGCCCCGCCUGGCCGCCCCCGCCCUGCACGCCGCGCUGGAGGCGGCGCGGGGCAGCGCCGAGGGCGCGCAGGAGCAGCUGCGGCGCGUGUACUCCAUGCCGCGCCUGGAUCUGGGCAGCAACGACACCAUGAUGCAGCUGCUGGGCUCGCUCAAGAUGGCGCUGCCGGAGAGGAAGAGGGGUGUGUGCCCUGUGGUGACGCUGGAUCACCUGCAGGACCUGCUGCGGCGCUGCCGCCCGCACCAGCAGCGGCAGCGGCAGGCGCUGGCCGCCAUGGUGCAGCACAAGGCCCUGGCGCAGCACCUGCUGGAGCCGCUGCAAGCGCUGCUGGAGCUGGCGGCAGGCGUGGCGCCAAGGGCGGCGCCAGGCGCCGGCCAGCGGCCGGGAAGUGCGGGCGCAAGAGCUGCUGCCAUUGCGGCGGCUGCGCAGCCGUGGCAGGGGCAGGGCCAAGCGGUGCGGCUUCGGCUGGAGACGUGCAGCGCCACGGGGCGGCUGUCCUAUGGGCCACACCUGGACAGCCGGCUGGCGGCGCUGCUGGCGGCAGAUUGGUGCCCCUUCCUGGCCUGCGGCUGCAACCUCAGCGUGCAGGCUGAGCUCGAGGGUGGCAGCCUCACAGAGGAAGCGGUGGCAGCUGCUUGCAGGAGCAGCGGCGGAGCGCUGCCCGUGGCCCUGUGUGUGCCACGGUGCCAGCUGUCGGCACGCUCGAGCAGCAGCUCUGCCGCCGCAGCAGCAGCAGCCGCAGCAGCGUCGGAUCCAUUCGGCGAUGUGCCUCCAGAGGAGGUGGAGGAGCAGCAGCAGGUGUGGGUGGCCGGCCUGCUGACCGCCGUCGUGGGCAAGCGGCUGUGCACAGCUCUGGACUUUGGUGCGCAGCAGGAGCAGCCUCAUGGGGCGGACGGCUCCAGCAGCAGCCAGAGGGCACGACUGGCCCGGGUGCGGGUGCCCAUGCUGCCAGCUGAAGACAGCCGGCUCGACAGCGCCGCCGCCGGCGGCUCCUGGCCGGCGGCUCCCUCCACAGUAGAGCUUCAGUGGUCGUGCGACCAACUGUGGCGGCUGGCCGGGCCCUCUGCCGCCGUGCUUGUUGGCGGCUCCGGCACUGGUGGCAUCGUCAGCGGCACAGGUGGCAGCGGGGGCUCAGGCGGGGGGCAUCAGCAGCGGCGGCAGCAGUCAGGGGCAGCGGCAGCCUGCGAGGCAGCAGCAGCGCCGCCCCUGCCGGGUCCACAGGUCAGCUGGGGGCUCCACGGCUACUGCUCCGGGGCGGCGGUCUUUGCAGCGUCCAGGCACGGCGUGGCGGAGGCCGGGCAUGCGGCAGAGAGCGGACGACGCCACAAAGCGCCUUCACUGCAGCAGCAGCAGGUAUUACAGGAGCCCGCAGCUGCUGUUGCAGGCUUUGCUCCUCACAGCGGCGGCAGCCAGGGUGGGCUGCUUGUGCGUGUGGAGCUGCAGCACCUGGAGCUGGCGGUGUUGGCGCACCUGAGCGGCCAGCCCGAGCUGCAGGCAGCCUGCCGCAGCGGCGCCGGCGCCUACCAGCACACCAGCAACUGCUGGGCGGCGGCGGCCGGGCAGGUGGAGGUGCCGGGGGCGGGCAACGGUGGCGACGCGGGUGGCGCCCUGGGGCCGCCACCCUUGCUCAUCACGGCGGGUGUGGCAACGGCGGUGGCGCGGUGCUUGGCGCACAGCUGGAGCAGCAAGAAGCUUGGGUGGCUGCUGCGCUGCCCUCGGCACGCGGCGGCUGCGGCCGUGGAAAGCUUCCUGGCCGCGUUCCCACGGCUCAAGGCAUACCUUGCAGAGGCGGCAGCCGCCGCAGAGGCGGCCUGCUGCGCCGCCACGCUGGCUGGGCGGCAGCAGCAGUUUGGCGCGCUGAAGAGGCAGGAGGAUGCCAUGGGCCGCGGCAAGCUGCACAAGGCGAUCCUGGUGCAUGUGCUGGGCGGCUCGCUGGCGGAUGUGAUGAAGGCAGCGGUUGUCAGCACGCACGCAGCGCUGGCAGGCCUUGGCCCCAGCUGCGGUCCCCGCGGCGACAGCCCCGGCGCCCAGCAACCCCAGGGGCCCCAGGUGGCGCUGGUGCUAGGGCACAGCAUUGUGCUUCACCUGCCCUCCGCCUUCCUGGCUGCCCACGGCGGCAGUCCUGGCGCGGCGUCCGCCGCCGUCGGCGCCGCCGUGCUGCCGGGCCUGCGGUCGCUGUAUGUGGGGCGUGCAACGCUGUCGGUGCCCCUGGGCGCGCGCCUGAUGGCUGGGCCCUCCCUGCACCUGUUUGACCAGCAGCCGACGCCGCCUGCUGCGCCUCGGUGA